AUGAAAUUACACACAAACGACCAGCUCCUGAGUGUGAACGGCGUGUCUCUAGUAGGGCAGUCCAACGCUGAGGCUAUGGAGACAUUACGGCGAGCGCUGCUGCAUUCCCGGCCGCAUGUACACGGGAGCAUAUCGCUUACCAUCGCUAGGAGAACUGACAGUCUCGACAGCCUGGCGCGGUGGAAAGACGACACGCCACCAAACGGCAACGACACAACCAACUCCAACGAGACCCCGCAGAACUUCAACACAGUCAUAUACAAUAGCUCCUCAGACAAAGAGAACAAACCUAUUGAAAACUUCAAUCAGAACAGCGAGGAACGAGGGAUAGACAGCCACGACGGCAGAGGGAGUAAAAAACACGCGUCAAUUAUCACAAUAAACAAUAACACGAGUUGGGUGUCUAACCAAUCGGACGAUAGUAAGGGGUAUUUAGAGAGGGACAAAGAUACGGUACCUCAUGAUCCGAAGAGAGAUAGCUUCGAAUGGAGUAGGCUGGAUGGGUGGAACCCGGUGAUAGACAGGCUGACGGGGUUGCGGAAUGAGAGUUACUAUAUGGCGACUCAGCCGGAGCCGGUGAACGGGCAUCACUACCGACCCAAUCACGGUCACGUGCACAUGUCCCGGUCGCCGCCCGCGCACCAUAAUGUCAUCAUUGAGGAGGAUUAUGGAACUUCAAGCGGAGCGGAGAUGCCCCGCGGUAGCGCGACGGAGUCUGGCAGCGAGUCGGGCGCGGGGUUCAGUCGCGACGCGGUGGGCCGCCGCUCCAUGUCCGAGAAGAGACACGCCGCGCUCGACGCCAAGCAGACCGGCACCUACCGCAAGAUCAAGGAGACCAAGGCUAUCAAUGCAUUGCAAGUGGGUCCAUCGCUAGGCAUGCGGAAGUCAUCGAGUUUAGAAUCGUUACAAACAGCCAUACAAGAAAACCAAAGGAAUCCGCGCCAUGAACCUAUUUACGCAAGAGCACAUCCACCGUUGAAGCACUGGCUGACGGACGACAACCACGGGCCGGAGAUCGUGCGCGGGUCGCCGCAGCAAUCGUCGCUCUCACACAAGAAGCCUUCCUUACUCAAAUCUUUAUCUACUAUGUUCAGGAUAGGCAAACCAAACAAAAAGACUGAGCCGGGAGGAGAGAUAUACGGCAGAUGUCAGCCGGGGCGCGCCUCGGAGAAGUCACUGUCAAGAGAGGCCAUCGAGAGGCACAACCGCAUCGACGAGCGAGACGAACACAACCCACCCACGCAACAGAGGCUGGAGCCGGCGCCGGCCCGGGCAGGCAGCGGGCCGCGCCUGCACGCGGGGGAGCGCCGCGCGCGCGCGCCUCCCUACCGCGGGCCGCCCGCGCGCACGCAGCCUGCGCCCGCGCCGCCACAGGUAAUGGACAGCGCCUGGGGACCUACGGGACAUUACGUCAACUACGAAGAAAUACAACACAACCUCAACGCGCGCAGGGAGAAGUUGAGCGAGGUGCAGAUAGGGCAGAUGAGGAGGCAGGUGCACGCGCAGCGAGCCAAGGCGGAGGAGGAGAGUCGCCGGGCAGGGUCAGCUGGCUACCACUCUCAGCGUUCCUGUAGGGAGGGGGGCGCUAGACCGCAGUCCAACUACUAUGAAUACGAGACCGCCCCUCCCAGGAGACCUGGCAAGCUUUCACACUACCACUGACCUGUGUUACUACAUUUAUAAACAGCCUAAAACCGUCCCACUGCUGGACACAGGCCUCGCCUCAAUCUAUCAGUAUCAUAAGCUGCUGCACUGCCGGGUUGUUAUAGCUUGGUAAAAAUAGUAGAAAUCGUUUUUUUUUUUUAUUGACAAUACAUUGAAGCAAUCACGUGGAUUUAGAAUCUCCUUGCUAACCUAUGAAACUUACUUAACGUUUGCCACAGUUUCAAAAGUUCCUAUCAUGACCCUUUUCUACUUCUUUUACCAACCUUUACGGAAACUAUUCUCAAUUCAUAUCUGGGCAAAAAAGUUUGAUUCUGUUAAAUUAUAAAUAGCACAGCACAUCUAUUGAGUUGGAAAAAACAAAGUACUUAAAUAAAAAUUUAAAAUGACAAACAUUGUCAUGAUGGAAAAUUGUUAUGGGCGUUAGGCUGAUCCCUUGUCAUCAUAAGGUUGAACACAUCCAUCUUAGGACUUCGUAUCAAGAGUGGCUGCAAGUUGUAUACUUGAGAAGUUGUUUACUUGUGGCUCUGCACACCUCAUUAGAGAUUACGCGAGUUUAAGUA